UACAGCUGUGAGGUGAAUCACUGUGCACCACAUUAUGUUUAAACAUAGCCUACAUACCAAAUGAAAACCUGUUUAGGGAUAGUCAGUAAAGGAGUAGGCUUUUUAUUCCACUUGUCCACUGGGCUGUGAAUAAAAUACUUUUAUUCUGGACAUGAAAUCUGUUUGUCCAGCGUGACCCAGAUCUACUGAUUGGAGACUCGACUGAGACUUGAUGAUAAGUAGUUUGACCAUGCAACACUGGCCUGUAGUCUCCAAAUUAUUUUGCUCAAGAGAAAUACAGAAGACACAUCCAAUUUAAACAUCCAGUAAGAGAACUUCUACACAAUAAAUGCUUCACAUGGUGCACCAGCAAAACAAACCUGCAUGAGCUUGUCAAAAUUGGCAUAACUCUAAAUUUUUCUUAAAUAAUCACUUGUGUGGCAGUUUGGCUUUUAGAUCAUACCUAUAAGAAUAGUUUUGAGUUGUCUAACAGGUUGCUGAAACAUCCACCCACUUGUACUCUAGCUAUAGUGAGGUAUUGCUUUCAAGAAGCUUUUAUAUUUAUCAUGUUAAUCUGGAUCAUCAAACAAACAAGGGAGAGACUCAGGCACCUGCUCUCUAUGGUAUCUUAAAGAUCGUACAGGAGCUGUCUCCUGAACUCAUUGGUGAAUACUCUGCCAACCUCCAGCUUAAGAGAUGAACUGGUUAUCCCUGCAGGCCCUAAUCAGUGGCGUGAAUAAAUACUCCACUGUUUUUGGUCGUAUUUGGCUCUCUAUGGUCUUUAUCUUCCGUAUGUUGGUGUUUGUGGUGGCCGCACAGCCAGUUUGGGGUGACGAUUCAAAAGACUUUGUGUGCAACACAGUUCAGCCGGGUUGCACCAAUGUGUGCUAUGACCACACUUUCCCCAUCUCUCAUAUCCGAUUGUGGGCACUUCAGCUCAUCUUAAUAACCUGCCCAUCUCUCAUGGUGGUGGGCCAUGUCAAGUUCCGUGAAAAGAAGAAUCAAGAUAAUGUCAUCAUUCAGAAACGCAAACAUCUGUAUGAAAACCCAGGAAAGAAGCGUGGUGGCCUCUGGUGGACCUACUUGCUUAGUCUGAUAAUUAAAGCAGCCAUUGAUACUGGUUUCCUCUGCAUCCUGUACUAUCUCUAUAAAGGAUUUGACUUGCCCACUCUGACGAAAUGUAGUCUCGAUCCUUGCCCUAAUGUGGUGGACUGCUACCUGUCCCGUCCUACAGAAAAGAAGAUCUUUACUAUUUUCAUGGUUGCCUCCUCUGCCCUGUGUAUCCUCAUGUGUAUCAUUGAGAUGAGCUACCUGGUGUGUAAGCGCUGUAACAAGGUGCUUCAUGAACACAUAGAGAAAGCGCGCAGGCAGGCAAGGUGUGAGUGUAGAGUGGAUCCUACUGCAUCCUCCAAUCACAGCCUCAGCAAACUGAAAAAAGACAUGACUGCUAGUCAUAUCACUUAG